AUGGCUAACACUGUAAUAACAAACUAUACAGAUCUGAAUGGACCGUCAACAAAAACUGAUAGUUCAGUUGUUGUUAUUGUCAAUAAAGAUGGAUCACUCUCGGUGGAUCAGAACUUAUUAGGCACUUUAAUGGGCAGUGAUGGUUCACAAGCAGCUGGAAUCAGUGUAGUUCGUGUGGGGCAUGAAGGGAGGCCAGAUGAUGCUACUGAUUCUGAAAAUGAAGAUGACAAGAUACCACACGUAACACUGUCUGUGGAUAGUUAUUAUGAUGAACCAAACAGCAUUAUAAAAUAUGACAGUGGUGCAGAAAUGCUUCAGUCCUUAAGGAUUGAGACUAGAGAAAAUAGUCUUGUUGGAUUCCAUAAUGAUCAUUGUUAUACAUCAUUUACAUCACCAAGUCAAGUAGUCCCACAACAAAAUGAUGCAUUUACAAGUUUUGAUGAUCCGGUUAUUGAAAUUACUCAUACUCCACCGCCAAAGCCAAUUCAAGAUGUCAUAAGACGUGUGUCCACAGAUAACAAAACAGUAUCCAAAUCAGAAAAGGAACCAGUUGUUACAAAUAAAAAACCCAAUGUUUUAAAACCAAUCGAAGCAAUUGACACAAAAUUGAGUGACCCUAUCAAAUUGAUUGACACUCCAGAGAAAAUCAAAAGUCCUUUAGUACAGAAAACCUAUUCAAAGCAAAUAAGUAAAACUGCUAUUCCAACUGAUAAGCCUGUAAAAGGAUUUGAUGCAAUACCACAAUUGGAUGAUGCAAGCCUAGCUCAAAUUCUUCAAGAAACAACACCAACACCAAUGAAAAUCCAACCAAGUAUUUCAUCAAAUGUAAAUGUCAUUAACAGCCCGGGGUUGGCUGGACCCUUAUCUCCCACGUUGGAUUUAUUAGCUGGAUUACAACCAGAGGAAGAAGGCUUGACUGAAGACUUGUUGAUGCAUGUGGCACAAUUGGUAGAAAGCUCUGAAAAUCUGCAGGAGGUUAUUGACAAACAAGUGUUAGGUAAAGUUGAUAGUGUCACAGUCAAAACACAACCGAUUGUCCCAGUAAUACCCCAACAAUUGGGGGACACAAACACAGCUACGUUACAAACAUCAUCUAAAACCAUGAAAAACAUUGUUCCAAGAAAGGAUCCUAUAGAAAUUGUACGGCGUGAUGGAAGUGUAAUUACUUUACCCCCUAUUGAGGCACCUGCAACAAGAUCUUCUAAACGCAAAAGUCAAGUGGAACCAAUAGUCCCUGUCAGUAGUAAUGUAACACCAACUCCUGUACCACCUUCCCCUGUUAUUUCACCACCUGAUCCUAUUUUGCAACAAGUGUCAAAGCAAUAUGUUAAUAAGAAAAUACCAGCUAAGAAACAAGAACAGGUGGCACAGGCACCAAUUGUUGAAAAACCAAUUGUAGAAUCUCAAGACAAUUGGACCUCUGAGGAUGAUCCAUUCAGGCUUUGGUGUAUUUGUAAACAACCACAUAAUAAUCGUUUUAUGAUCUGCUGUGAUGGUUGUGAAGAUUGGUUCCAUGGAAAAUGUGUUAAUAUAACAAAGGUUAUGGGACAGCAAAUGGAAGAGCAAGGUAUAGAGUGGAGGUGUCCAAACUGUGUAAAAAGCACAAAAGUGAAUAAAAAUAAUAAGGUUGCCUCAGCUACCAAAAGUAUCAAGAACCAAGAAACAAAAUCGCCAACAACACCAGUACUUGCUAAAGAUUUGUGCUCAAAAACAAGCUGCAUAGUAUGCAGAAAAUCAGCACGAGCUAGUAGUAUUUACUGCAGUGAUGCCUGUAUUUUAAAACAUGCUCAAGAUUCAUUGGGCUCUCAAGAACCUUCAAAAUCUGAUGACUCAGGGAAAAUUCAAGACAAAACUAAAGCAGAAUCCAGGGUCAUUGUGUAUGAACGAAAAACAGGAAGGUUACUUGCAGGACCUAAUGCUCCCACUGCUGAAAAUUUAAAAAUGUGGUUACAAAGAAACCCUACAUUUGAAGUUGUGCGGCCAGGAACUCUGAGCACAAUCAAACCCAACCCAUCUAGAAAGAAAUUAUCUAGUGACUCAAAUAAGAUCCAGACUACAUUAAAUUUUGAAAAGAUUCCCAGAAAAACUACCGAGCAAACAAGUACAAAAGCUAAUACACAAGACCAAAAAGAAAAGGUUGCAAAACCACUUCCCUCGCCUAAGGAAGAAGUUAAAUUAGUUGCUCAAACUAAAACCCCAGUGACUCCAAAGCCUCAAGUGCAGCAACCAAUUGUUGAUACUCCAAAAUCUCAAAAUAUUACAUCAUUAACUAAAUCUAGUGAAACACGAAAAUUGGCACGCACUACAAGCAGAUCUCGGCUAACUCUGGAAAAGUUGCCUUCAGUUUCACCAUCAACACCACAAAGAAAAGACGCUUCUGAGGGCAAAAUUAAAAUGAACUCUACUGAACCAAUAAGGGAUAAUGUAAGAAAGGCAUUGCAGGAGCAAAUGACAAUUCGAAUGGCGGAGACUUCCGGUUCCCAGUUUACUGAGGACGAAAUUCAGCAGUUCGCGAUUGACACUGAAUUUGAAUUGCACGAAUUAUUCAGAGAUGUGGGAAUGAAAUACAAGGCGAAAUAUAGAUCUCUUAUGUUCAAUAUAAAAGACCGGAAGAAUUUGUCUCUAUGGCAAAAAAUAUGCGAACGCACAAUUACUCCGCAGCAGUUGGUGAGAUUAUCCCCAGAAGAAUUAGCAAGUCAAGAACUGGCGCAAUGGAGAGAUAAAGAAGCCAAGCAUCAACUAGAGUUAAUCAAAAAAUCUGAAUUAGACCUUUUGGCUGCUAGUAAAACUUAUGUUCUGAAAACACAUAAAGGAGAAGAGGUAAUGGAAACAAAAGAGUCUGUGUCUACAGAAUUGGAUCCAAAUGUUCCUGUGGAAGAUUUAGUGACUGCUUUGAAUGAUUCAAUGGGAAAUGAGCAGUCAAUAGAUAAUGCGAAAGACGCCCCAAAGAAAACUGACUCCGUCAGCAAUAAAAAGUAUGGUAACAAUAAAAAGAAAGAUAAGGAAAAUGGUUUAUCAAGUCACUCUAAAAACAAACGAGAGUCCAAAAGAGACUCUGAUAAUAGAAAAUCUAGAUCUUCGCGAAAACGAUCGGACAAAAAAGAUAGGGAGCAACGGUCUACGCGUAGAUCCGAAAGAAAAUCAAGCGUUUCGAGGUCGCAAUCUAAAGAUAGAAUGAAAAAAGAGUCUACUAAAGAAAAAGCAGACUCUAGCGAACGCUCGAAACAUAGGUCUCGGUCUAGAGUUAAGUCAAAGAGACAUUCUAAAGAUAGUUCCAGAUCAUUGUCACGUGGACGAGACCGUUCAAGAUCUUCAGGACGCUCCAGACGCCGUUCGAGGUCCAAAGACACCCCAAGGCGCAGACAAAGAUCGCGAACUAGGCACAGUCCGAGCAAAGACGAAAAGGUAAAACAUAGAUCUCGAUCUCAAGAAAAUACUUACAGCAAGAGCAAAAAUGAUUCAACAGAUUCCGACUCUAUAGAAAGGCCAAAAUCAGCUAUGUUAAAGGAUGCACAUCCAGAAUAUGAUCCUCAUGAGCCAAUGAUAACAUCGGCGUUUUCUGAAGAAGAUUUGAGAAAAUCUAGAGAAGAUGUUUAUGAAGAUAGUUAUAAAAACGAAAUGAAUGACUACAGUGAAGUAGACUAUGAUCCUUCAAAAACUUUCUCUAUUGACUCCAGUGUAAUCCCAACAGAAAGUUAUGUAACACAAGACAAGGCAUCAGAAGCAGAGAGUGAUCAGGAACCAAGUAGCACUGUAGAUAAUUCGGCACCAAUAGUUUGGAAUGGUUGUAUUAAUAUGGUUGAUGUUGCAAGGUUUUAUGUUGCGGCCCAUGAGGUUUCAGGUAAUGCAUUAGAUUUAGAAGAUGACCUUGCUGCAGAAUUAGAUGUGGUUGGCAGGAUUAACCCAGAAACUGUUUGGGAUUACAUUGUUAAAAUGAAAAGGGCUGGCAAUAAAGACAUUGUUCUUUUAAGGCUGCAAGCCGCAAAUGAUGAAGAGAAAAUGCAAUAUAUUGCAUUGUAUAGUUAUCUUAGUAGUCGGCAUAGAUUGGGUGUCGUAAAAGUUUCGAACACGGCAACAGUAAAAGAUUUCUACAUUGUGCCUCUCUCGGCUAACUCGUCUUUGCCUUCAGUACUUUUGCCCCUUGAUGGGCCAGGUUUAGAAGUCAAGACACAUCUGUUAAUAGCAAUAGUAAUUCGACAAAGAAAAAAGAGAUUGCCUACCAAUAUUCCAAAAGAAAUAAUACCCGCUAAGGUGGUACGGGAGUCGCGCAAGCGAUCGUACACGCCUCCUGCUGGCGGCAAAUGUUCGUUUACGCCGCCCGCUUCGCCAAAACGUCGCGCGCCCUUACCUCUGCCAAGUUACACGUCGCCUGCACUCUCAACUUCGGUUAAGGACAAAAUUGCCGCUACCUUAGCAUCAGCUGAGGACGACGAAGCUUACAGUCCAGGCUCCUCGACGAGCAGCUGCUCCGCGCCUCCUUCUAGUACUCUGCGCUGCAAGAUGGAGGAGCUAAACAGACAAAUUGAGGAGCAAAAGCAGCAAAUUCUCAAAAUGGCACAGGCGGAUUCUUCCAUUGGUGGCGAGGACGAAGCCUAUUCACCAUCGCGUCCUAUGACCCCACCGAACGUGGUGCCGCUGGCCGACAUCGCGCUGCCCUCCAAUCUACAAGAGAUCCUCGCUACUAUCAAACAACGAAGCGAAACUUCGGCCGACGUUGACAUGCGCACUCUACCGCCCCCACUA